UAUUUCAGUUCUGUACCGUUUCCUAGCAACAGUGGGGCAACUAGCAAGAGAAAAAAAACCUCAUGCUUGUGGGAGAGAAGGGUAGUGACAGCGGAGCAGGUGACAGCCACAGGUCCAAAAAAGGCCUUGAUACAAGCCUUCUCAAAUAGCCUCUACAAAUUCUCUGCAAAGAUGUCUACUGGAUCUCCAGUGAGCAACAAGACUUCCCCUAGCACAUCUCCACAGCCCCCUCUAAGUCCAUCAGCACAGUCAGACGUAGAAGGUCAUGAGGACCCAAAGCAUACUCCUGCAGCCUCUUCGUUUUCCUUAUCUUGUUGGGCUACCCAGGCCCUAUGUGAUUUAGCAAGAUGUGAAACAGACCUCAGGCGACUGAGGGAGCAACAAGUGACUGAAGCACAGAUGGUAGGUCGAGGUGUGGAGCGUGCACUGCUUGGAGCACAAAGGGAGGAGCGUCGUCUACUGGAAAGGGUAGAACAGGAUCACAGGGACCUACAGCUCAGACUGGAACAGGUGCAGAGGGACAAUGGAGCAGCCAUAAGGGUUGGACAAAGAUUGGUUGACCAGCGGUUAUAUAAAGUCAUUAAACUUAGAGAGCUAAUAAAGAUAUGUGGUGGUGGUGAUGGUAAUAAAGAUCGAGAUGGGGAUCUGAAGCGGGACCAGCUUCUUAAGGGCGUUGCAGAACUAGUCCAACCUUGGGAAGUCUCGCUUACACUCAAACGUGUGUCUUUUAAACCAAGUGCCCAACCAAACGCUGUAACUUUUGGUGAGAUCAAAGUACAAGACCAAAAUGUCCAUUUUCCUGUUGGAGGCUGUGGGCCACAGGGGCAAAUGUGUUCCCUCCAUGCCGAUGAAGCACGUGGUGGGGCUCAUGUCAGUGGAGAGGGCCAGAGCACACCUGAUGGAACAAAUCCUGGGCAAAACCAUGUCCUAUCUCCUGGGCCUAAUCCAAGGCACUCAUCAAAUAGUAGUGGGAACUUGAGGGUUGUCCGGAAGCUCUGUUUGUCAGCCCGAAGUGAUGAAGAAUCAGGGGAAGAGGUGAAGUGUCAGUCCCAACAACUGCGUCACAGAUGCCCUAAACAAGUCCCAUGUGAACGGGAUUCAUCACAGGAGGAUGAGUGUGAAUCUCCUUCAUCUGAAUGCAAAGGAGAUGAGCUCUUUUUGGCUGUACCAUCACUUAGUCAUGGCGAGUCAGAGGGUGAGGAUUUUGCCCGUAUACAAAAUGGACCAAUCGCACAGUUUGCUUCACAGAGAGCAAGAAGGCAACGAGAACACUCUCGAUCUCCAGACCAAGGUCACCAGGAACAAGGUGGCUGGUUCCUGCAUCAGUUUGACCAUAAAAGUCACGUCAGACGGACCGGAUCUUCAUCACCGCAGAGCCCCAGAGAGAUCACGUCUAGUCAAGGCACCAACAACCACUUCCUUCGUGGCAGGUCUUGUUCUCAAUUAAGUGCAUGCUCAGAUGACCACCCACAAAACCGUGCAACAUCCCCUGCAGACAGUGUAGAUUCUGGUUACACUUUCAUUGUCAGCUCCCCCAGAGAUUUUACCAACUCCCUGCGUCCUACUGCUCGCCUCUCCAGAUCAGCUGCUGACCUUUCCUACUGCAACAGACCCCUCAGUGAAACCAGAACACACCAGUCAAGCACAUGGAGUGUAACUAAGAGUCACAUGUCCUCACUCUCAAGCCCCGCCUUCCAAAAACGAAAUGAGGUAUCACGGACUAAAUCCUGUCCCAGUCAUGGUAACUUCUCUCAAAAGAACACCCGACAACAUGCUUCUUGUUCCAGUAGAGUGUCUCGUUCACUCUCUAUGUCUGUUAUCGAUAACUCAUCUCAGAAAAGACUGAACCACUUCACAUCAGGACGGCAGAAUACUCUAAAUGAGAACAGACUGCGUGGAGAAAGGAGUGAGCCAGCUCUUCUAGAGUUAGAGGAGGAUGCCAAUUCAUUGGGACCAGAAGAGGUGCGUCUUGUCCGUCAGUUUGGUAAACAAGGCUCAGGACGUGCUGAUCUCACGCUGCCCAGUGGUAUCCAUGCAACACCGCAAGGUCAACUAUUCCUUGUGGAUUGUGGGAAUGCUCGUGUACAGGUAACUGAUGCCCAUGGCAAUGUCCUACAACAAGUGACUUCACCAAGUAAUGACUUGGGAGGCUCCUCGCGACGUUGCCGCAAUUACUUCGAUGUGGCUGUUAAUGCCAAGGGUUUGAUUGCUCUGAGCUGUGCAGCUGAAAGGGCUCUCCUGAUCCUUAGUCGGCAUGGGCGUCUCCUCCAAACAUUUGGAGGGGGACCCUACAUUGCAGGAGUACCUCGAGAUGAGUUGGAAGCACCAAGGGGAGUGACAGUCACCCAAAGAGAUGAAUUCUUAGUUGCAGAUAUACGAAAGGGUACUCUUACAGCACUAAAACUUGAACCUAAAACCGGUUCUAGAUUGGAACGCACUGUGGUGACCGGUUUCCACAGGCCUUACCUGGUUGCAGCAUGCUUGCACUCUGGUCUGGUUGCAAUGUCUGAGCGAGGCAGUGAAACGGGGCAGGAGCCUUGUGUGAAGAUUUUAGGACCAGGAUGGGACACCCUACGAAUCCUGGGUGUUUGUUCUAGCUUAGGACCCGUACUCUCCUGUCCCUGGGGCCUCUGCAUUGAUAAGGAUGGGUCUGUUUUGGUGGCAGACUGGGGAGAAAAACAUCGGGUGUUUCUAUAUCCCUCUGAAGGGGCAGGACGAGUGAUUGUGUCUGAUGGACUGAGCAGCCCUCGUGGACUGGCACUUUUACCUAAUGAUCUCCUAGUUGUGUCAGACAGCAUGCACCACUGCGUUAAAAUUUAUCAAUAUAAAUGAAGAGUUACCACAAAGCUUAAAAUUCAAAAGCAGAUAACACUUUAGUAUAGGGACCAAUUCUCACUAUUAACUAGUUGCUUAUAAGCAUGCCUAUUGACAACAUAUUGGCUGUUUAUUAGUACUUGUAAAGCAUGUUCUGUAUGACCAUAUUCUACAAACCUAAUCCUGCCCAGUACCUAAAUUUAACAACUACAUUACUAUUAAUAAGCAGCAGAAUUGGACCUUAAAAUAAAGUGUGACCUAAAAGGUACAUGUCACUUAAUGAGAUGAGUAUUUAGCAAUAUAUAUUUAGUUCACUAUUUGCUGCCAGUACAAUAUCAUAUUGCAUGGUGUAUAUGGUUGACAAUAUCCAAUAAGCUAGAAUAGUAGUAGAGAUGAGUAAUAUCUGUAUUUAGCUGUUUAUUUAUAAAACAUUGAAAUCCCUCAAAUAUACAUGCCAAAUAACCGCUUAAUAUAAUCCUCAGUCACACAGUCUAACAGUUUCCCAUCAAAUAUACUUCCACUGCAAUCCACUUUUUUCAAUCCACUGAUAGUGAGGUACAGACUAGCUGGGAUGUAAUCCAAAUAAUAUUUUGUGGGAUAUUUUAUUGGGUUGGAGGUGAUAUAUAUAAGUGUGUGUUUGUAUAUGUAUAGUUUAACAAAACACUUCACAUAGUCAUAAAAGGGCUUGGGGGGAAAAGGGGCUUUUCCUUUUAUAGACAAGUCAGACUGAAUGCAUAGGCUGACUAACCUAGGAUUUUGUGUGUUGUGUUUUGAAAUUUGUUUCGAAUCCCUGGUGAUUUUUCUUUCUACCACACUUGUUUGACUUUGACUUUGUAAUGAGACUAUACUGCAGGGUUCCUCAAAUCUUUCCCUGGAGGGCCAAUCUGCUGCAGAAUUUAGCUCCAACCCUGAUCAAACUCACCUACCUGUGAUUUUCUAAUGAUCUUGAAGACUCUGAUUAGCAUGCUCAGGUGUGUUUGAUUAGGGUUAGAGCUAAACUCAGAUUUGAGGUUGCCUGCUACUGUAUGCUUUUGAUACUGAAGAACCUUGCCAGCAGGAGGCAGUAAUGAUACAUCAACAUGUUAAUGCAUUUGGAAAGGAACUGUUUACAAGUGAACUCAAGAAUGAAAAAAACAAAACAAAAAAAAAAACAUUCCUAACACCAACAUAUAAUGGACAUGGCUCCUGUUCAUUGAAAAAAGAAGAAAAAAAAAGUCUUCAAGGUUGAUUAGAAAGGAUGCUUUCUAAAGUAUCAAAAUGUGUGUGUGUAAAUGUCUUUGUUCUUAACUUUGUUCUCUAUUUGAGCACUUCUGUUCAUCAUUAGUAUUCUUGGCCCUUGAAUAACAACAGGAAUGUAACUACUGAAUGUGAAACAUUCUUGGUAUGAUGGUGAAGUCUUAAAAAGUGAACCAGAACCGCUGGAAUCUUUUGAAUAAUUCUGGAAUUCUUUCCUGCUAGCUCUAGAAUCCUCAGAGUUCUGUAAUGACUUGCUGCAUGAGUGAGAGUCUUUCAAAGCUCAACAGGGAAUGUUGACUAACAAACACACCCAGUCUGCUACUCCUUUUCAGUUCGAAUUUAUAGGCUAAACACAUUCUCUUGGCUUGGUCCCAAAAAAACAGGAUGGAUAUAAUCUAAUCAAAACGACAUCAUCUCACUUCUUGAAGGGUCUACACAAACAUGCAAACAUUUAAAUAACAGAAAAAAAAAACUUGAUAGAAAUAUGUUUUAGGCUUUGUGAUAUCCUUCCUCUGCCCUAAAAAUGGUUUGUUAUUCAAUAGAAAGGUUUUCCUCUCCCUUGUUUACACCGUCAGAGGAUGUGGUGUCUCUUGGUCGGUCAGGAAGUGGAGCCUUGUCUUUGACUUUGUGUGACUGAAACCGGAAUUAAUUCAACUAAGGUUUUCAUCACAAGUCCACAUAUCCCUUUUUCACCUCAUGUGCAAUGAAUGACCUUUAACAGUAGUUUGAAACACUUUUAUAGCAGAUAAUGUUUAUUUGUCAGGUCACAAUUGUGUGGGAUGUGGAAUUGUGAGAAAACACAGGCAGAUGAACUUCCCAGAAAGAGAAACCCGUUCUACCAGUUCCAUUCUUAAAAAUUGCUUUAGGAAGUUAAAUGUAUCAGCCUUUUACAUUGAAUAUUUAACCAUGAGCAUUUUAAUAGGUAACAAUUCUUACAUUCCUGUAGCUAAAAACAGUAGAUCAUGUCUUUAGCAAUGCCAAGGUCAUGGAUUUGACUCGCAGGGAAUGAACUAAUCAAAUGUAUAUUUUGAAUGCAACCUGAGUCGGUCUGGAUUUUUGUCUGUGAGGUCCCAUAUAAUGGUUGCAAUGAAUAAGCCUUCUAGUAAAUAAUGAUAUUCAGAAAGGAAUGUUAGAUGGCUCUUAAAAUUCUCAAAUAAAAAAUAUAUCCGGCAGUGUCUACAAGAGAGAGAGAAAAAUCCCACCUAUAAAAGAGCUGGGUGCAAGUUGUCCUUCAUUAUAGAGGAAUGCCUGAGUUUGCAGUUUGUCUACAAACCCCAAACCACAUUAUCCCAGAUAGGGUAAACACUAGUUAUGUCUUGAAAAAAAUAAAAUAAAAUGAAAGAACACAGAUAACCAACUUUCAAAAUGAAAAUGAUAUGCUUUAAAAUGUCUCAGCAGUCUGAGAAAUUAAAAUGUCUCAGAAUUUUAAAUAGAUGAUAAUGACAUAGUAAACUUUUUGAUAUUUGCGUUUAUGAGGUCUAGCUUGUUGUAACAGUAACAGUUUUGCCACAAGUCUCAGUAUGUAGCUGCAUAUUUGAGAUCCACGUGCAACCUAUAAUAAUGUGCUUAUGGAUACGAAAUAAUUAUUAAUAUGGAGCAGUAUGUCUCUAUUGUUUGUUUUGUGCAUGUCUUAAGGACAUUUAAGGAAAUGUACCUUUUUUUCCCAUCUAAGAAUAAAUAAACAUUUCCUUGCA